AUGUCAAAAAGAGCUGCGGAAGAUACCCAAGAUAUUGAGGGUAAAAAUGGCCCUGGAAGACGCGAGGCGGUUUCGGGGACCGUGGAUACAGAAAUGGGUAACUUUGAGGACGCAUACGAAGACGAAUUUGAAAGUGAAAACGAGUACCUAGAAGCUGAUGGAAAGGAGGACAAUGAAAUGGAAGAAGCUGAUGAGGAAGAGGACGCUUCAGCUGCAAAGUCUGCCUGGUUACCAGGUGGUGUCAUUAAUGAAGGCGAACAAUUGGUUGUCGAUCCUAGCGCCUACGAUAUGCUUCAUAACAUGCAAGUAAAAUGGCCAUUUUUGAGCUUGGAUGUGAUUCCUGACGCUCUGGGUGAAGAACGUCGUAGUUGGCCCCAAGAGAUGUAUUUGGCUGGAGGCUCGCAAGCAAUCAAUAACAGCGAAAACGAACUUACAGUGAUGAAAGCCAGUCAUUUAUGUAGGACCAAACAUGAUGCUGAAGAUGAUGAGGAUUCUGAUAAUUCUGAUGUUGAAGACGAUCCUAUUUUGGAGCAUCGCUCUAUACCCACCAAGGGAGCUUGCAACCGCAUUCGAGCUUCGCCUAUUUCAACGAAUGAUCCUCAAAAGAAGAGCUUUUUAGCUUCAUUCCAAGAAACAGGAAAGGUCCACGUUUGGGAUAUCGCUCCUCAUCUCCAAUCUCUCAAGAGCCCCGGUAAUUUGGUUUCCCGCAACCAAAACAACCCUGUACACACAGUGAAUCAACACAAGACAGAAGGUUAUGCUUUAGACUGGUCCCCUUUUGAGUACUCCUUACUUUCAGGAGAUUGCGCCAACGAAAUAUACUUGACUCGUGCUACAAACGCUGGAUGGCAGACUGAGUCAUCUCCCUUUUUGGAUCACACUGGAAGUGUGGAAGACAUUCAAUGGUCGCCUAACGAAAAGACUGUCUUUUCCAGUUGUAGUUGUGACGGAACGUUCCGUAUCUGGGAUGUCCGUAACCAAAAGAAGACUUCUGCCUUGACAGUCAACGCCCAUCCCGGUGUCGAUGUUAAUGUCUUGAGUUGGAAUCCUCGCGUGCCUUAUUUGAUGGCGACUGGUGCCGACAAUGGUGUCUUUAAUGUGUGGGAUCUCCGCUCUUUGAAAUCCUCAUCAGCUGUUGCCACACCUGUCGCAUCCUUUAAAUGGCACCAAGCUGCUGUCACUAGUAUUGAGUGGCAUCCCAAAGAAGAGUCUGUUGUGGCCGUUGCUGGUGCCGACGAUCAACUUUCACUUUGGGACCUUUCUGUUGAAUUGGAUCCUGAAGAACAAGCUAGCCGUGCUUCUGAGGGCCUUCAGGAUGUGCCUCCUCAACUCAUGUUUGUGCAUAUGGGACAGUCAGCCAUCAAAGAGCUUCAUUGGCAUAAGCAAAUCCCUGGUACCAUUGUUUCUACUGCUCAAACGGGUUUGAACGUCUUCAAGACGAUUACAUUUUAA